AUGUCUGUUGUCUCCCCUCCCAUCGCCAUUGUUUACCCUCCUGUGUCUUUUGCCUUCCCUCCCGUCGCCGUUGUUAACACUCCCGUGUCUAUUGCCUCCCCUCCCAUCACUGUUGUUAACACUCUCGUGUCUAUUGUCUCCCCUCUCAUCGCCAUUGUUUAUCCUUCUGUGUCUCUUGCCUUCCCUCCCGUCACCGUUGUUAACACUGCCGUGUCUAUUGUCUUCCGUCCCAUCGCCGUUGAUAAUACUCCCGUGUCUAUUGCCUCCCCUCCCAUCACUGUUGUUAACACUCCCGUGUCUAUUGUCUCCCCUCCCAUCGCCAUUGUUUACCCACCCGUGUCUAUUGUCUUCCCUCCCAUCACCGUUGUUAACACUCCCGUGUCUAUUGCCUCCCCUCUUAACACCGUUGUUAACACUCCCGUGUCUAUUGCCUCCCCUCCCAUCGCUAUUGUUUACCAUCCUGUGUCUAUUGCCUCCCCUCCCAUCACCGUUGUUAACACUCCCGUGUCUAUUGCCUCCCCUCUUAACAUCGUUGUUAACACUCCCGUGUCUAUUGCCUCCCCUCCCAUCGCCGUUGUUAACACUCCCGUGUCUAUUGCCUCCCCUCCCAUCGCCGUUGUUAACACUCCCGUGUCUAUUGCCUCUCCUCCCAUCGCCGUUGUUAACACUCCCGUGUCUAUUGCCUCCCCUCCCAUCGCCGUUGUUAACACUCCCGUGUCUAUUGCCUCCCCUCCCGUCCCAUCGCCAAUUUAG